AUGCAGCCAGGUGCGCAACCUGGCAGACAGCAUGGGCCGGCAGUUUUCGAAGGGUUCAUCCCAGCGAACCCUGAACAAGAGGAUGAAGAUGAGUAUGCCGAAGCUAGUGAAUUUCAUUCCUCGAUUUAUGACCGCGAGUUUGAGAGCUCAGAAGAGGAGGAGGAGGACGAAGACGACGAAGACGACGAGUAUGAACGUAUGCUCGAAGAAGAGGAAGAGCGAGAACGGCUACUGCAAACUCAGAAAGACGACUCUGAAGUCGAUGCGGAUUAUUCGUCCGAAGAUGCACAGCAAGAUGAGGGCGAUCCUGAUGAGAUGGAGCUGGGUGUUGCGUUUGAGGACAUGGAAGGACGUGUCAGGUCUACACGGGGGAGAAAACGAGGGAAACCUGGAAGAGAGAAAGGUCCCCGAGGUCCCCGCGCUGUAGCCGACCCGGGUGCAGAAUGGAAAGCCUUGCAGCAACAGGCCAACGCCAAAUUCAUCGAAAAGGACUAUGAGACAGCUCUUUGGUUUGCUCAGCAGGCUAUCCAACUCAACCCGGAAAUUUUCGAUGCCUACAACAUCGCUUCUGAAAUUUACACUGAAAUGGGUCGUGAAGAAGAUUCCAUAGCUGUACUGUUAGCUGGAGCGCCAACAAAGCGUGACCCUGGUCUUUGGCAGUUCAUCAUCGAGCGUAUCCAACAGUUAGACCCGGAGCAACACCCACGUUUCACUGAUGAGAACAAGUCGGCUGCUAUACUUCCAUGCUUGAAUGAGAUCAUCCUGCUCAAUAACGACUAUGAGGCUCGCAGCCACAAACUUGAAAUCGAGGCGCAACUAGGGCGUUCUUCAAAGUGCGUGAUGCUGGGCCUCAAGAUGCUCAAGACACGUAAAGAGCAGGGAGAAGAUCCGGACACGAGUGUGCUGAAGAUCAUGGCAAUGAUGGGCACUGCAUCACCAAGGCAGACCAAGAUACAUCUCCACAAGCUUAUCGACAGCUUUGAGGAGGCUAUUGAUGUGUUCACACAACCUGACCGGGACCCAGUCGCGAACGACCUUGACUGGGAAUUGAUCAAUAUCUAUCUUGAUCUGUUAGACAGAGCAGGCAGUUACGCCAAGGGAGUUGCAAAGCUGAAAUCACUUUCGCGAUGGAAGCAAGGCAGACAUGCAGAGACGUUUUGGGAUGAAAUUGACGACGACCGCGAGUUUGAUAUUGAAGAUGAGCCAAGACGUGUCGCUGUUCCACAGUUUGUGCGGAAGUCCCAAGAUGCCAAGUAUGGCUCAACUCUUCCACUAGAGAUCAGGGUCAAACUUGGGUUGUUUCGGCUGCGUAGAAGUAAAGAUGACUUCAAGGAAGCCAUGCACCAUCUGGAAAUGUUGGAGCCAGACGAUCAAGGUCCAGAUGCUCUUAUGUGGGACUAUGAAGAUCUGUUCCGAAUUAUCGGCGAUGCCCUACAUGCUACUGGUCAUGACAAGGAUGCGCUGCGUUUCUAUGAGCCAUUGUUCAACAAUGAUUCCAGAGAGUUCAAUCUCAUGAGCUACAUUGGCUUGCACACUUGCUUCAAGAAUGAAGGGCAGACUGAAAAUGCGGCACAAGUUGUUCCUAUUUUAAAGAAAUGGCCAGCGAAAAGUUACGAUGACCUCGCUAUUCUUGCAAAGUUCUUUGAAGACCAGGGCAUGUGGCAAGAAGCUGGACAGCGUGCAGAGACCAUUUACCGUGAUAAGUAUGGUCACAAACUGAAGGCUCUGGGCUUUCAGGCCUACGAUGAGCUCAGAGUAUACUACUACAACCAACGUAGACAGGCUAGGGGUAGGUAUGCUGUUCGAAAAAGCACUGUACGGAGGAACAGAAAGAAGAUGCAAAAGGCGACUGGGCAGAAUGGCGACGAGGAUGAUUCAACGAAUGAAACAGGAAACAAGGAGCUUCCAGGAAUUAUUGCCCCUACUGAACGACCCAAGAAAGGUCUGUUCCGAACAAAGAGGACCAAGGCGCCAAAGAUUCAGGUAUUCCUUGAUGUGCGCGAAGAAGACGCCGAACCACCGCCCGACGUCGAACCCAGACCGGCUACGAUUGAGGGCACUGGCGUGCCAUAUCGGGCAAUUGCAAACAGACUGUUCCGCGGCAAACUUCAAAAGCUCGCCGCAGACUUUGCUGACGAUCUGAAGGCUGCGAGAGCUCAACAUCGAGAAAUCGUCUCCAGUUUCAAACGCCUGGAUGAGAUAUGGGAGUCCGCAGAAGAUGGAGACAAAAAAGCUAUCAAAGAAGUCUUAUCCAUUACCCGAGAGCUGAUUGAAGAAUUUUCGACAUUUGACUUGUUUUAUUCAAACAAAAAAGAGGACCUCAUGACCUACUUCCGACGCGUAACAGCCGGAGACCUCUGGAAAGAAUCCGCACUGAUGGUGCUUGCUGUGGUAGCGAACAAUGUCGAGGACGGCGACACAAACCCUGAACUCCAAGAACGACCUAGCACACCCCCGACUGAUUUCUGGGGUGUACAUUUCGACAAAUGGUGUGAUGCGUUUGGCCGUUAUGCCAUUUUGCUUGCCGGCGAGGGUGAUGAAGAGCAAUGUUUCGCUACACUCGAUAUUGCCCUCCAGGCCAACAUCUUUCACCGCUCUCAGAUCUACCAUCGGCAACUUCAAAUAUGUCGACUCACCUGUGCCCUUGCCGCCGACAACUCACCGCAAGCCUCUAUUGCAGCGCGUUGGCUUCUUAAAGAAUAUCCGUUUGGUACCGACCUCUUCCGUUUAUACAGCGCUGUCAAUCGUCUAUGCUCUUUCCCCGAAGGCUUUGCAACUGGUCCCGCAUACAAAGUACUCAUGCGCUACAUAAAGACGGUUGACUACGCACUCCUUACCCCGCAACAGCGUAUAGAUUUUAACUUCAGCACCAAAGCCACCAAAGGCGGUUUCAGAAAUAACGUCAAUAUCGAGGACGUGGACAAAGUCAAGGGCCACGACCCCGCACUCUUUGCAUUAUACGCACACGUUUUAAUGUGCGGUGGAAGCUACAUGGCAGCGCUAAACUACUACUUCCGUGCAUUCGCUCUUACGCCUGAAGAUCCAGUAAUCAAUAUAGGCAUAGGCGUAGCAUACAUCCAACACGCUAUGAAACGCCUUUCAGAAAACAGGCAGUACCAGAUCCAGCAAGGCUUGUCCUUCAUCUACAGAUAUUACGAUCUCCGCAUCAAAAGCCCACACGCCAUUCAUCGCCAGGAAGCAGAGUUCAACGUCGGCCGCAUGUGGCAUAGUUUGGGUCUUGUUGCGCUGGCGCUCCCUGCGUAUGAAAGAUGUGUUGCGCUUAGCGAGCAGGUGAAGAAGGAAGCACAGGACCAAUGCAUAGAUGGGAAUUGGGGGUGUGAAGAUUUCAGCACCGACGCUGCAUUUGCGAUGCAGAGUAUCUAUGCCAUCAGUGGAAAUUUUGAGGGCGCGUUGGAGGUUACGAUGAAGUCGCUAGUCAUUGAGUAGAUUAAGAACCAUGGCUUGCAUGGUGUGGGUAUCCUGAACUAGCAACGGUGAUUGUCCUUCUCUUUGGAAAAUCUCAUGUACGCCGCUGUACAAUCGAAAAUUCAAGUUCCAUUACUGUUU